UGUCAAUUGUGUUUUCAGUUUAAGUAAACAAUCAUUUUUUUUUAACUAACUUUAUCAAUUUUAUUCCCAAAUUGAUAUUCAACUGAAUAAUAAUUGCGCGAUAACGCAAUAUCACCAAUCACCAUGUAUGACGACAUUCUUUUGAUCGCCCGUUCAUAUCAUUUAUAUUCGUUUGAGUGUGUUCAGUAUUAUCUAAAUAUUUCGUUUGCAAAUUGCAAUAGUAGGUGUGCUCAGCUCGGUCAUCAGAAACCAAAAGUUUCUUAUCUUAAUUCUCACUCCUCAACGAUAACGUAAAUGUACUGAUUUAAUUGUACUACUGUUAUUUGAUGAUAUCUUUAUAAUCAUGUCGUACUUACAUAAAUUUUCUAGGAUUUGUACAGCUUUAAAUCUACAAUAUGCAGUUAGAUUUAAACAUGCACAGCUGCUCAAGAAUGAAAUUCAAAGACGGCACAUAGACAAAGUGUUGAUAGCAAACAGAGGAGAAAUAGCAUGUAGAGUUAUGAGAACUGCUAAGAAACUAGGAAUAAGAACUGUUGCUGUCUUCUCUGAGCCUGAUGAACAUGCUAUGCAUGUGGAAAUGGCUGAUGAAGCUUACCUUAUAGGGCCAGCACCUUCUACGCAAAGCUAUUUAAAUGCAGCAAAAAUACUUGAAGUUGCUAAGAAGUCUAAUAGUCAAGCAAUUCACCCAGGUUAUGGGUUUCUAUCAGAAAAUGUUGAAUUCUGUGAAAAAUGCGCCAAAGAAAAUGUAAUUUUUAUUGGACCUCCACCACCAGCUAUAAGAGAUAUGGGAAUAAAAAGUACAUCAAAAGCAAUCAUGUCAAAUGCAGGAGUGCCCAUAGUAAAAGGUUAUCAUGGGGAAGACCAAAGUAUAGAAAAGUUACAGGCUGAGGCUCAGAAAAUCGGUUUCCCCUUAAUGAUUAAAGCUGUAAGGGGAGGUGGCGGAAAGGGUAUGAGAAUAGCAAUGACAGAAUCUGAGUUUUUAUCGCAACUGGAAUCUGCAAAACGAGAAUCUCUAAAAUCAUUUGGUGAUGAAAGUAUGCUUUUGGAACAGUACAUUACAGACCCAAGACAUGUAGAAGUUCAGGUGUUUGCUGACAUGUAUGGUAAUGCGGUUCAUCUCUUCGAAAGGGACUGCUCGGUACAGAGACGGCACCAAAAAAUUAUCGAAGAGGCACCGGCGCCAGGUCUUUCUGAGGAAACUCGCAAAGCGUUGGGCGAGGCGGCCGUCCGCGCGGCAAAGGCGGUCGGCUACGUUGGCGCGGGCACCGUGGAGUUUAUCCUGCACCGAACGACGCACGACUUCCACUUCAUGGAGAUGAACACACGGCUGCAAGUCGAACAUCCUAUCACUGAAAUGAUCACAGGCACUGAUUUAGUGGAAUGGCAACUUCGUAUAGCGGCCGGCGAGCCUCUGCCCGUUACGCAAGAGGAAAUCAUUCGCCGCGGACACGCCAUUGAGUGCAGGAUAUACGCGGAAGAGCCUGGCGCGGGCUUCCUGCCGCGCGCUGGCACGCUGCAUAGACUGACGCAACCCACGCCUGAGGAAAACGUGCGAGUUGAAACUGGAGUAAGGGAAGGACAGGAAGUCUCUGUACACUAUGACCCAAUGAUCGCAAAACUCGUUGUAUGGGGUCGCGACCGCAAUGAGGCAUUGGCGAAGACCAGACGAAAACUCUCGGAAUAUCAAGUAGCAGGUCUGGAGACAAAUGUAAACUUCUUACUACGUUUGAGCGGCGCUAGCGCUUUUGUAUCUGGAGACGUCCAUACCGCGUUUAUCCCACAACACGAGGCCGAGUUGUUCCCGCAGUCAGACAAACUGUUGAGUGAUGAACGGGCUAUUCAAGCUACUCUUGGCUAUUUGAUCAAAUCGCAGAAUGAAGCAUCCACAAAUGACUCGUGGAAGGGAAUCUCAGUAACUCCUACCGCUUGGCGACCAAACUACAAUCUACAAAAGACCGUUAUGCUGAAGUUUAAUGAGAAAGAUAUAAAAGUGACAGUCAAGAAUGAGAACAGCCCUAAAACGUAUACAGUGAAAGUAAAUGAUGGGGAGUGGUUGCCAGUUGAAGCGUAUAUAAGGUCUACAGAUCAGGGCUUAAGACUGAUCUCCAAACUAGGCGAUAAAAUUACCAACGUUGGCUUGAUGAGACACGAACAUGAAGUGCAUAUUUAUGAUGAAAAUGGCCAAACAGUGGUAAUAGUGCCACCACCUAAGUACCAAGCACUGUCAGGUGACGACGCAGCUUCCUCCGCUAACAGUGCAUCUUCGCCAACCCCAGGGGUGCUCGAGAGGAUAUUGGUUAAUAAGGGUGAUAUGGUAGUGAAAGGCCAGCCGCUGUUCGUGGUGAUUGCAAUGAAAAUGGAGUACGUAGUGCGUUCACCGCGAGAUGGCGUAGUUGCGGAAGUAGCCAGCUUCAAGCAAGGGGACGCUAUUGGGAAGGGCACUCAAGUCGUAUUACUGAAAGAAGAUAGUUGAAAAGAUCAAAUUUGGUGGAAUAUUGGAUUAAGGUGCAUUAAAUUUAAUUUGGUUUUUCGCAAUUUGUAAUUAGUAGUAAUUAGUAAAGAGUUUUUAUAUAAACCUGUGGAGAUGAUACUUCCAUUGGCGCUAUUAGAAUGUCAUAUCAGCCUACUUUGUCAUAUUAGUUUAAAAAUGGCGAAAAACCAAAUUAAAUUUGAAUUUCGCGGUUAAACCCGUUUAAUGCACCUUAAUCUUCAUUUAAGGUUCUCUCAAUACAGUUUAGUUAUACGACAGAUAAAACUGUUAAAGUUAAUUAUAAAGUUAAACAAUUUAUACCUACUCCAAAAAGGAAUGAUAAAGGAUCGUGUGAGUACGUACAGUUGUCCCAGGUUGAAUAUUAUGGUAGGUUUCCAUUCCAAUGGACAAUAGAUAACCCAUUUGUACCUAGUGUUCAGAUUGGACUGCAUACUUGUUUUCCGCGCACUAUAUUCGUUGCGCCUUAGAUACGGAAAAGGAAUGAUAAAGGAUCGUAUAAGUAAGGUUAAAUAUUAUGGUAGGUUUCCAUUUCGAUGGGCGAUAGAUAACCUAUACCUAUCCUAUAUCCCGUUAUCGCAACUACCUCAUUAGAUACUUCCUUUCAAGUCUCAAAGCUCUUAAUUUGGUCUACUCUAUGAUUACCACACUAUACCUACCUAUUUCACUAAGUUGUUAGGUAGAUUAUGUAGUUAAUGAUUUUAAUGACCAAUACAUUUUUAGGUGAUAAUUAGUUUAUAAUAAUAAUUGUUUCAAUACCUUUAUUAAUGUUAUCCAUAGAUAAGUAAUGUUUUUAUACUUUUACUCAUGCGAGAUGUUUUGUAUUAUGUUUUUAAAAGGCAUAAAAUAAAUUUGUAUGAAUUGUU